AUGGAAAAUAAUACAAAGGAGAUAGAAUUUGAACAAAUUAAUCAAGUUUAUGAUGAGUGUUUAAAUUAUUUGAAGACAUAUGAAACAGAACCGCAUAAUGAAAAAAACGAUUUUCAAGAAGAUCCAGAUUAUGACACUAUCGCAGAGAAGAUGGAAACUGUAAAAACUGAACUAAGAGAAGAGUCGAAACCAGAGUAUAAAUUGGAUAAUGAGAAAUCUCGAGGCAGUAUAGACUCUGUAAUUUCGGACCAAAGAUCAGAAAGAUUAAGAAAAUUAUCAAAACAACUUCCAAAGAUUAUAAUUACACAAAGUAAUACCAGUUUGAACACACAAAAACCGUUAAGAUAUAAUUUCGUAUCGAACUUAUCGCAAAGUGAUCAUAGUAUCCCAAAAAGUGAUAACAGUUUUACGAAAAGUGAUAAAAGUUUUACGAAAAGUGAUAACAGUUUUACGAAAAGUGAUUUUGGCUUGUCGAAAAGUGAUUAUCGGCUUACGAAAAGUGAUCGUAGUGUACCGAAAACUGAAAAAGAAUUGAAGUCCAUUAAAGUUGUCAAAAUAAAUGGUUGCAGCCACUCUCAGAGAGUGAGACAUGGAUACGCCUCGGAGUACCCUAAACGGCUGGUGUCCAAGACCGGCAUGGAGAAUGUGGCCAUGAUCACGAACGUGCCCUUUGAGAACAUCCGACUCCUCAAUGAUACUUUUCAUACUUUGAUCAACUUACGCUGGCGAUGGAUUGUUACGGGCACAAUUGUGGUCCACUUCGCAAUUUGGUUGGUCUUCGCCGUAUUCUGGUACAUUGCAGCUCUGGCCCACUAUGACUUCGAACCGGAUCCGCCCAAGAGGACCUGUGUCACAGGUGGAAAGGACUUCGUGACUAUAUUUCUAGCUUCUGUAGAGGCACAAACCACCAUCGGGUUCGGUGACCGCGCUAUAGAUGAAGAAUGUCCUGAGUCCAUAUUCCUGUUCAUUAUGCAGCUGAUACUAGGCACUGGGUUGUCAGGAGUGCUGACAUGUGUGGUGUACGCCAAGCUGACGAGACCGGAGAAGUUGUCUCGAGACGGAGUUGGGUUCAGUAAGAAAGCUGUGAUAAGUAUGCGUGAUGGCCAGUUGUGCCUGAUGAUGAGGGCCUGGGACCUGAACUACGAUCAUAUCAUCAGUUCCGAGUUCACUGCGCACUUCAUUAACACUUACAGAACGAAGGAAGGUGAAGUCAUCCGCUACUACGCUCGCAGUCUGGCGCUGCAGCAGCGCCAGUUCCUAUUGUGGCCCGUGACGUUGGUGCAUGUGAUUGAUGCCUCCAGCCCCCUAUAUGGAUACACUCCUGAGCUUAUCGCUGGGAACAGUUACGAGAUCACAGUCAGUUUGAAAGGCGCAUCAGCAUCAAUGGGUACGUUUACUCAGAGUCAGACCUCGUACGUGCCCAGGGAAGUCGUUUGGGGAUAUCGGUUUCCUCCCGUCGUUAAGUAUGAUUUUCGUAAACAGAAGUACGUCAUUGACGACAAAAAAUUGGAUUUGGUUGAGCCGGUCGACACUCCCUUCUGCUGCGCCAAGGAUCUUCACCGAGGUUCAACUCCUAUAAAAGCUGACCAGCGGCCUCAGACUCCUAGUAACGCAAGCAUAUUUAGUGAGACAGUUGCCUCCUUCCAUCUGGAGAGAACUUCAUCAUUUAGGAAGAAAACUCAAAAGACGUUUAAUCAACGUAGUUAG